GGUGUGCAGUAGACGACACUUUUAAUUGGAUGCUUGUGAGAUUGCCAAAAAAGCUUAAAGCCCAAAGACAGAUGGGGCUAAUGCACGAUCACGAAGAAGUCAUGGCGGGCAUUUUGACAUGUCACAGUGGGAAAAGGACAGGGAUCCCGCAAAAUGUACUCUGGUGAAAGGAGACUAUCUAUACUUCCAUUAUGGCUGUGAUGGACAGGAUGACAGAGGCUGGGGAUGUGGCUACCGCACCAUUGAGACAAUGGCUUCCUGGCUUUGCCAGAACUGGUCUCCACCUAAGUACCAAAACAGACCCCCACCGAGCCUCCCAGAAAUUCAGCAAGCCUUGGUUGCAAUGGGAGACAAGCCAGGCUCCUUCUCCGGCUCCAGGGAGUGGAUAGGAACAUUUGAAGCCUCCCUGGUCCUCGACUAUUUCUAUGAUGUUCCCUGUAAGUUGGUCCAUAUUAGAGGCGGAGAGGCAGAGCUGGAGCGUGUUGCAGUGGAAGAGCUCCAUCAGCACUUUGAGAAGCACGGGUCUCCAGUCAUGAUGGGAGGGGACAGGGACAAUUCCUCUAAGGGGAUAUUAGGGGUGUGCACGGGGGACAAGGGGAGCUACUUGCUAGUCGUUGACCCUCACUACUAUGGAUGUCAGCUGGAGAAGACAGAGCUGCAGAGGCGAGGGUUGGUAACGUGGAAAAGAUUAUCAUCUCUGGAUCAGACCUCAUUUUAUAAUCUGUGUAUGCCUCAGACUGCCAAAAUAGGAAAGUAAAAUAAGUGGCAGACCCAUGUCUGUUUCAGGCUUACAAGUUAAUCUUUGUUUGUCAAGAUGAACUACAGGAAAUUGUGGAAUUUUCUCAUUUAGAUGCAUUAUUAAGUGUCCUAUUGGGACAGACAACCUUUGAUUUGCAUGUAUUUUUAAAAGAUGAAAGGCCUUCCUGUGGAGGAAAUUUAUAAUUGCAAAGUAGUUAAAGAACUUCCACAUUAUUGUUCAAUUAAAAUCCUGUUAAAUUUCCAAUUUUCUUUGACAUACUUUAAGUGUUUCCCUCAAUCUUUUUUUUUUUUCCAUGCUUCAAAAUUAAAUUAAAUUAAAUUAGUUCAUAUUUAUUUGUAUUACAUUAAAUUCUUACCAUGGUGUGAAAUUGCAAAUGAAGCCGAAUUAUCAAAAAUUCUGAACUGGGAUUUAAAUAGGACAUGAUUGUUAGUGAGAGUGGUUGUAGCGCUGUACGCUAUCAAUAUUGUGACUAUUACAAGAAAUUUAAUUCACUUUAGAAAUAGCAAAUGUAAAAAUAAAUUCCUUUGGUGACAGUAUUUUUUUUUUUUUAAUCAUUUGACACUGGAUUUAAUGAACAUUUAUUGGACUUUAGGCAGCUAAUUUUUAGCUUUAGUUGAAGUAAUUUUUCAAACAAAAACGCUAAAGACUAUGGUUCCAGCUUCUCAAAUGUGAAGAUU